AUGGGGAACCGUGUGUUUUGCAGUGAUGCAGUCUGCCCGAAGUCGAGCUUGCAUCCCGGUGUGGAAAGCGAGCUCUUCGACGAUAGCUCCACGUGCGAUCCUGCCGGAGCUGUCUUCACGGAAACCUUGGAGGAGCUGAACGAGAUCGAUCGCUUCCUGCUCCUGUUCUCCAGCAGUCGCAACUUAGCGGGUGUCAGAUGGCUGUCUUUGCUUGGGGCCAAUCCGGAUGCUUGCGACACCAACGGCACAACAUGCUUGCAUGCAGCCUGUCGGAGUGGUUCGCUUGCGGUGAUCAAAGAGAUCUUGAAGCAAAGAAAGCUCUCCCUUGAUGCGACCGAUGCAUCCGGAUGGUCCCCGAUGCACGUGGCACUCUUUAUGGGCAGACGACAAGUCUGUGUUCUCCUGAUGCAGAAAGGUUGCGAUCCCUUGCUGCGAACCCACCGAGGUCAGACUCCUGUAGAGCUGGUGAGUGACGUCUGGCUUCGUGAGGCCAUGCAGAGCUACACAGAAUAUCGAGAGCUGCAGUUGAAGCAGCCCUGGCGACCCCCACCGUCCUUGCAGCCUGGGCUGCGAGACGAGGUCUCAUCAAGGCUGCGCUUUGAGCCUUUCUUCGUGCCACGGACGCCCGUCUUCAAAGACGUUGCGUCCCAAGAGCUGCAGAAGCUGGCACGGAAGAUCUUCAACACCCGACCGGGCCAGGGACUCGCGUUCCUCGUCGCCACCGGAUGCAUCCGAGAUUUUCCCGUGGAGCUCAGUAUGUUCUUUUCCCAGCCUGGAAUUUCCACUGAACAGGUCGGCCAAUUCUUGGGCGAGGACUUCUCGCUGUCCCAGACGCUUCGCCUGGAGUUUGUGAACUCCUUGCGAUUGCUCGGGACAGGUGUGGUCUCCUGCCUGGCCAAGGUCUUCAAAUCUUUCGUGAUGCCAACGGAAUUGCUCAAGAUCGACCGGCUGGUGGAUGGUAUUGCGCAGAUUUGGUGGCGGCAGCACGAGCAGUUAGCUAAGAAAGAGGGAGAAACAGCGUAUCGGGGAGGAGUUGGAGAGGAUGGCGCGGAGGUCCAAGGCCUGGAACUUAUGCACGUGGCUGGCUCCUAUGAUGUGCUCCACCAGCUGAUGUUCUCAACUGUGCUGUUGCAUUGGAAUCUCUAUGCUCCUCUACCGCGUUCUCAGCGCGUGACGACCGAGCAGUGGUUGCAGAUAGGGUCUGGCAUCUCACCCGAGCUGGAAGACUCUGGAGACAGAAAGAGCAGGCUCUCAGCCAUGACACGUAUCCAGAGCUUGAUCUACAAUGUCGUCGCGCACAACUUUUAUCCCCAGCUGGAGAUGUGGAAAGUCCGCGUUCCAACAGACCCUGCCCAGGUGGCUUCCGAAGGGCAGCUGGAGGUGUUUGCACGCCUUGUGGCGGGUGGGUUUCCAUCGCUGGCGCUGGCGGGAGCUCACAGGGUGGUGUCGUAUCGCCACAUUCGCAGCAUCCACAGCGAGAGUACUUCCAUGCCGCUGCCGGCGGUGCCAAGUCGUGCAGCCAGUCGCACCAACAGCCGCGAUGAAGGCCUGCUGCUCACGACAUCAAAGUCCGCACCUGCAUUCCGGGGCUUGCGGCGCGCACUGUCGGUGGACGAAGACACGCCGCGAGGCUACCAAGAGUCGCCGAUCAGUGUGGAUCCAGGAUUUGGAAGUCUGGACAAGGCUUUCCUGACCCUGCACGAGUGCUUCCUCUUCCUUUCCGCUUCAAACUACCCCUGGGCGCCGUACGCAUGCAUGAACGUCAAGGGCCUCGUCGUGGCUGUUGACAGCAUGUCUCUUUUGUUGACACUGCUGCCGGCACCAGUGCCACCAAUCACGGCGCAAGUGCAGGCGGAGACCGUGAAGAGCCCCAUCAGCUUUUCACUACCGAGUCCGACGAGCCCGCCCAGGCUGUCUCUGGUCUUCCUGCUGCCCGAUGGCCGAUGGCAGGUGCUCGAGCUGCCCCGGUUCCAGGUUCAGCUGCCGGAUACACAGCAGCUGGAGCGCUGGCGGGACGCCUUGGCAAAGCUCUGCUCGGAGUGCAUAACUCCGGACAUGCGGAUGGAUGACCCACUUUGGUAUGGGAAGACGAAGAAGGAGAUCGAGUAUGCGACGGAACUCGAGAAGUCAAACGGCAACGCCGCCAGCCGUGAAGGGGACUGGAAGAAAGCCAACAGGUAUUGGAAGAACGCCCUCAAAGGCGCAGAGAAGCUUCAGGAUGCCGACACCGAGUUCAGGUUGCACUCGAACAUGGCGCUUGGUUAUACAAAGCUCAUGAAGGUCGAGAAAGCCCUGGAGCACUGUGACAAG